AAUAGGAGGUGGUUCGAGGGGUCUGGAGGAGUCGGUCUGUGUUCGGCAUCUCCCUCCGAACAGAAGGCGAGCUGCACCACUGCUGCUCAAGGGCCGUCUGACACGGUCUCCGUCGCUGUUGGCUGGUGCCACCAGCCCCCCUAUAACCCCACUUCGCCGUCGCAGCGCCAUCUCCGAGUUCAGAGCAUGCCAACUUGGGUAUGCGCUUGUGCCACAGCCGCCGCCCCCUCCAGCUCCACAUCUGCCAUUAGUUCAAGCGAGAAAGCGGCGACCCUCGCAGCGCCCGAGGAGUUCCCCGGUGCAGGUUUCUGCAAGUUGGCCAGGUCUCCUGCAACAAGCGCUCUACCUGCGAGCACCAUGGGCAGUAAGACUAUUCCGGCUCCAGUGCCCAUUCACCCAUCGCUGCAGCUGGCGAACUACGCCUUUCUCCAAGCUUCCAACGGCAUCCCUACGCCGUCAGAGCAGCUGCACAACCUCUAUGGCUUCAGCACCCUGCACACCGUCCACCUCCACCAGUGGACCCUGGGCUAUCCUCCGAUGCCUUUGCCCCGGUCAUCCUUUUCCAAAGUGCCCGCUGUUUCGGCUCUGGUAGACACUCGGUUCCAGCUGCCCACCAUCCCGAUCUUUCCCCAUGUAUUCCAGCCCAAGCAAGAAGCAAGCAAUGUUCCAAACAAGACAAGGCCCAGGUUCGACUUCGCCAAUUUGGCCAUUGCAGCCACCCAGGAGGAUCACCCUAAGCUUGGACAAAUAGACGAACAGUGUUCUCCUUCGGCCAUUGGUUCCCUGCUGGAUGUCACCAAGCUGUCGCCGGAAAGGAAGCCCACCAGGGGCAGGUUGCCGUCCAAAACCAAAAAAGAAUUUGUCUGUAAAUUCUGUGGCAGGCACUUUACCAAAUCUUACAAUCUCUUGAUUCACGAAAGGACCCACACCGAUGAACGGCCCUACACGUGUGACAUUUGUCACAAGGCAUUUAGGAGACAAGAUCACCUCCGCGACCACAGGUACAUUCAUUCCAAGGAAAAACCCUUCAAAUGUCAAGAAUGCGGCAAAGGAUUUUGCCAGUCCAGAACAUUAGCUGUUCACAAAACACUGCACGUGCAGGUAAAAGAGCUCAAAACCUCUAAAAUAAAGUGCUGAGCACACGCCUGCAGACGGGACUUUGAGUGGGACUUUAACGAACGCCUAUAAUGUGGACAUAUCUGUCAAGUUUAGAAGCAGCAUAGACUAUAUCCAUUCUGCCGCCGUUCUUUUCUGUUAUUUUAAUUCCAGUACGAACAGAUUACCUGUAGCUGUGGGAUUCCACUCUCAGAAGACCCGUGUCGUUUUCUAAGGGAGAACAAAAACCUAUUUGUUUCAGUAGAUCCCCUCCCACGAUACAAAGGCUGAUGAACUCUGUCGCUCUUCUUAACGACCUCCACCGUGAACCUGGGAGUUGGAAGGUGCUGCCUUGCCUCCUGGGUUUAACAGGAAUCUCCGCACAAAUGCCCCGAAGUGUGGCAGAACGUGUAAUUGAAGAAGCAACUCUGAAAACCCAUCCCCUUGUCUGCAUUGACCCGAACCCCUACAAAUGCGGUCAGUGUGUGAAUGUUUUCCGAAGGAAUUGUGACCUGAGGCACCAUCGCCUCGUACAGAACCCUAAAAACAAUCCAGGAAUCGGAAAGCCCUGGACUGUGGACAGAUGUUGUUUGAGUUCAAUCCGCCAAAAUUUAGGGUAGAGGAUGGAACAUUUUUUUCAAAUUUCGGCUUGAAGCCAAAAAAAAAACACAAAACAGCAGAGAGGGGGAAAAGAAUGUGGAAACUUUUGAUGUUUGAAUGUAUGAGGAGCAUCUGACUGAGGGCUGGGGUAUUGUAGGAAUACCUGUGUAAUGUAGUAAGGAGAGUCAAGCGCCACAUAUAUCGCAGCAAAACAAAAUGCAUCGACGGGGACUGCUGUCCAGUCCUGAUGCAGGGUUUCUACCCGAAACGUCGACGAUUCCUUUCCUCCCACAGAUGCUGCUCGACCCGCUGAGUUCCUCCAGCAGCUUGUUUGUUGCUUCAGAUUCCAGCAUCUGCAGUCUCUUGUGUCUCCAAAACACACCGAUAAACCGUGGAGGGAUCAAAAUCUGCACCGCAAUGCUGGCUCGUGAUCUGCAUUGCCUGAAACAGGACAGAGGCAGACUGAGCUGUGUAGUGGGAGCUGGAAACAAGGCAGAUUGUUGAUUGAAACAACUUUUUUUUAAAAAAAAGCAAAAUGGACACAGAGUCGCGCAAGUUAAGAACAUUUUAAACUACAUUCCAUUCUCCGUGUUUUUUUAAACACACACGGUUCUUUGUAAAUGUUUUUGGCACUUUACGCUAUUUUUUUUUACUAUUUUCAUGUAUCACUGGAUUUCUAAUCUUUUUAAACGAAUAAAUUGCCAUUUCCUAGGC